UCUUCCACUUUCUAUCACCUACUUUAUCUCCACUUGCUCAGUGACUGUACAACAUGAACCUAGUUUUCAACGUUAACCUCUGUAAAUUAUUUUUUGUGAUCAUAACAUCGUCUUUAGUGAUAUUGGGUGUUUUGAUAAAUUUUUUUGAGCCAUACUUGCCGGCUUUUAUCAAAAAAACCUUCAGAUAUGGGAAAUUUGCUUCUGACGAAAAAUUACUCUUGGUACAAAGUGUGGAAGUUCCAAAAUCAUACUUCAAGCAUUUCUAUAUUGCUGCCACGUUUGUUUUUUGUCCAAUUUUUCUAAAGGAAGUUUUUGUUGUUUAUGUGUUUAAUCGAGAAGUUGAUGAUUGGUUUGAGACUUUGUUGAAUUUUUCUUGUGGAAAUGGAAGACUAGCAACAGUUCCAGUCCAUCGUGUCCUAAUAGCUUCCAUACUACUGAGCUUACAAAUAUUUCGUCGAUUUUAUGACACACACUUUGUAUCCGUUUUUAGCGAAAAUGCGAUGAUUAAUUUAAGCCAUUAUAUUAUCGGAAUGGUUUUUUACCCAGCUGUGAUGUUGAUUAUGCUAAGUGAAGCUCCUAAAUUUGCCCAAAACGGUACUAACAGUGUACUCCAUUUAAGCGAGAUUGGAAUUAUUGACCUGUUUGCAAUUAUGUUUUUUUUGUGGGCUUGGUACCAUCAGCAUGUUGCCACAGUGAUAUUAGCGAACCUGAGAAAAAACAAAAAAGGGGAUGUUGUUGAUCAGGGUUACAAACUUCCUGAGGGUGACUGGUUUAAUUACCUGUCUUCCCCUCAUUCGACAGCAGAAAUAAUAAUGUAUACAGCCUUGACGUUGUUAUUGGCUAAAAAUUCGAGUUGGUUGUAUGUUUAUGCCUGGAUUUUAAGCAAUCAAAUCGAAACAAUUCUUUUAAGUCACUGGUGGUAUUUGGACCGUUUUAAAAAUUUUCCCCCGAAAAGGAAGGCUCUCAUUCCAUUUAUUUAUUAAUCUGUCAUUCACAAUGUAGUUUGUUGCAAAUUAAACAUUUUUUAUUUA